CUUAUGACGUGCCGUUGGUAACCGGAAGUGAAUGGAAACAGCCGGAAAUGAGAUUCUGGAUCCCCCCAUGGGCCCCCGGGGCCAACAACCGGAGUCAGUGAAUCAUGGAGGCAGACAGGCCGGAGCCUCAGAGCAGGAAACGGCGGAGGAGAGCGCUGGUCUACCGUCCAUCCCCUGAUAAUUUACCCUCAGCAUCACCUGUUCUGUGCAGAGGUGCACUCAGAGCCCAAAUGGACACUGCAGUUGCUGCUUCUCCAGGGGUUGGAGUGAAGAGGAGAGAAAGAUAUAGAGUCUGUCUAGCCUCCUCUCCACUGGAGAGACAACAAAGGAGAAUACUGACUGUAGCGCUGAAAGACAUUGCUCAAGAGGGGGAUAUACUUCAAUCAGGACCACAUGACAGUGUUAGCAAAUCAUGUGUCCUGAGCCCCGAGGAAAGAUCAAAGAGGCUGGAGUCACCUCCACCAGCUGUCCUCCCGUCCCAUUCCUACUUCACUCCUAUUCCAGAUCUGUGUCAACUCUCUUCCCCUUCAGAACCUCCAGCUAGCACUGCUAAAGUGACAGGAUGGAGUUUGGUUCCGCUCCUGCACAGCGUCCGUUCAAAAAUAGAGAGCUUUGCUGAAAUCUUUCUCACUCCAAUGAAGAGCCGUAGGAACCCAGAGAUUGAAGAGAGAAGUUGCUCAGGAAGAGGCACAGGUGAAGAGUUCAGACCUCUUGGAACAGAGAGAAUAAAGGAGAGACCUCAACAAGUGCAAGAGGAACAAUCACAAGAAAAACAAAAAGUAGAGGACAGGAUUUGGGAAUCCUCUUCACAUCCAUUAGUGCACACGCCGUGUGAGCAGGUUGAUGACUCAAUAUUUCCAAUCACUCCACCUCUCUCACACUCAUUGGAUGUGCAGGAAGAAAGGGUGUGCAGUGUUCACUCAGAUGACUUGCAGGAGCAGUAUAGAGAUGGUACAGGGGAGCAUGAGUUAAAUGAUCUCAGGAGUUCCUACACUACCCCAAAAACUAGGACUGGUUUGAACAUUCAGCUGAAGAUUGCAAUGUCACGUCCUGUCCAUGCACUCUGUCGUCCUCCACUCCAGCGCUGCAUUUCUUGCCCCUCUCUGCCCCUAUCUCCAAUACUGUCUGCUCCCAGCUCUGCGCCAGCCCGUCUGGGGAUACUGGGAGAGAGCAGUGAGCCCACACUCUACUCCCGAUCACCCUACAGUGCACAUCAUUCUCACAAGCGACGACACAGUGUGAGCACUAUGGAGGAGAACAGAGAGACAUCACUUUCUGUCUUAUCUCUUUCAUGCCUGCGGAAAGAGAAACAUCCAUACCUUUUGUGCCAAGCAGCUAGUUCAGGGAUACGAUACCAGCAGGAGCAAUUUGGGAAACUGCAUCACCUGGGAAGCACCUUGUUCAGUGAGAGAUCCUCUCAGAGACCCUGCUUCAUGAAGAAAUGUUUAAGACAGCCGAUCCUCCAAACCCCAGUAGAACAUGCCUCCAUUUCUGAUUGUGAAGUAAAGGAGCAAGAAAAUAAUCUCCCCAUGAACGUGCGGAAGGUGUCUGACUUCCAAAUUCGAAAGAGGCCAACAAAACAGGAGGGAAACCUGACCCCUCUGGGUCUUCCAAAAAGAGCAAGGUUACAGAAGGAGGAAUUUAGCCUGGAAGAGAUCUACACCAAUAAAAACUACCGAACUCCCACGGAAAAAAGAACAUUUGAGACCAUAUUUGAGGAACCUGUAAUGAAGAGUGGUAACCUUGUUCUGACUAGCCAGCGCCCUCUGAAAAGGCUCAUUGUUUUUAGAGAUGGCAGUGUCCGUCCUCGAAAGCGCAGGAGAAAAGGAAAAGGAGGAGUGCGGAGCCACAGACGGAAGACCAGCAGUGUGGAGGAAAAGAACAAUUUAGAAUGCUUGUUAGAACAUAAACUGGCACAGCUUGAGGCCGCACUGCAGGCAGAAGAACUGGAGCUUUCUUAAGGGGUUCUUUUACACCUGAAAUGGGGCUUCGGUCAAUUGUCUGCAGUUGCUUAGGAAAAUUGUAUAUUCUAUAUACUAGUCUCCAGCACUAAUGUAUUUGGCUAGCCUUGACCAUCAGCCUUCACCAGCAGCAUGCCUUUAGAAGUACUGCAUCUGGAGCUGGUAGUAAGUCUCAGGAGCUAUAGUGCCAAAUAGAACCUAAUGCCAACCUACAGGUGCCUCAUGGUUUGUAAUUUUUAUUGAAGUGUUUGCACCACUGGUAACCUUAGUGCAUGAUUUCCUCAAACAGCUGAGUGGCUAACACUGCCUUCCCUUCGCCUGAAGGAAUGGCGUUUACCUCCGCCGGCCAGCCUACCUGCGAGAUUGUUGUCUGACUAACCCUGCCUUCUCGUCAGGCUAACCCCGCCUUCCCUUCCGCCUGAAGGUAUGGUGUUUAACUCCACCUUCCA